GGGGCAUCAAGAUGUAUCGCCGCCACCCCGGCACAAGCACUCUGCCGUGCUACAGGGUGACACUAUGUGGAUCUACGGGGGCAUGACGGACCUGCAGGAACGGGCAGAUCUAUGGAAGUGGGACAUUCCCUCAAGGACGUGGUACAGUGUGAAGUGCAAAGUCAGUCCAGGGCCCUUACAUAGCCAUGCGGCCUGUAGACUACCUUCUUCCAGCAUGCUGGUGUUUGGAGGAGAAAAAGGUGGUCAGAACUCCAACGAACUCUGGAAGUUCAGUUUCGGUCUCGAGACAUGGGAGAAAGUGACCACUACUAGCGUCAAACCACAGCCUCGUUCGGAAAGCAUAGCUCUCACUGUGCCCGAACUGCUCCUCAACGGCUCUUCCAUGGCUUCCUACGACUCCAGAUCUGUCAGAAUACGCACAAGAACUUGUACUUCGGCCGAUAGGGGCAAUCGACAUUCUUCCUAUCUGCCCAAUAACAAGGUGGUACCCAGCGAAAGAACCUACAUCUUCCACCCCGCCCAUCCCUCCCAAACCGACUGCAGCACCGACCUAGCCCAGCAGUUCUCCGAAUCCAAGCUGCAGCAGCAACCUCCGGCAGCCUCCAGGAGCUUCCUGCAAGAGAUCCAGAAGCUGUCGCAGCUGAACAUCGGCCGCGUCAGCAACAAGUGCAGCUAUACGGUGUUGACCGGCUGCGCUGGAGACAGCACUGAAAGUUUGCUGCGGCAGCACGCCAGUACGCAGCAAGGGGAGGGGGAAGUUGAAGUGAUCGACACGGAACUAGCCACCCCUUCCAGAGGUACGAUGGUGAAAUCGAAAUCAGCGUACGCCAUAAAGAAAAAGUACCAUCUGGACGUAUCUCCGACCAUUGACGAGGAAUGCAAAACAACCACGCACAAGAAACGCGUGGAAUUCGAUUGUUCCGCCUUCAAGCUGCCUCGCGAACCGAUCUCGGUGCCGAAUUUCAGCACUUUAAACUUGACCACCCCUGUAUUGACACCCGUCGAAGCCGCCAAACUAGUCUAUCUGGAUAGCGAAGAAGAGAGCGAGUUGGAGGAGAAGAAACGCGACCUACAGGUAUUGGCGACAGUGGAAGCCAACAACGAGAAGAACAUCUACGAGAAUUUCCAGCCGAUCCAAAGAGACGACAGCUACAGCUCGCACAUUGGCUACGCAGACAAUCCCUUGUACCAGGAAAUGAUGAUUUCCCUCCUGGAAAAAUCAGUUUCCUCCACUUCGGACUAUGCCAGCAUAGAGACCGUCAAUCGUCUGUCUUCGGCGAGCAGUUAUAGCGUGAAAAGUGCCAAAACUGGGGUGUCACAAGACGAUAAAGAAAUGAGGGAGAAGGGUAACGGACCUUUUGGCUUCUGC